UGCGCCUGAGGAGGAGUUCCUGCUAAUCCAAACAUCGACGAAAUAACGUCCACAGCUAUUCAUCGAUAACAGAUUCAUUACACCUCAUCGAGUCAAUCAUCGGCAUGGCUGCUCAGAAGAUAAACGAAGCUCACGAGCACAUAGCAAAAGCCGAAAAAUGCUUAAAGACAAGUCUGACAAAGUGGAAGCCUGAUUUUGACAGUGCUGCGUCUGAAUACGGCAAAGCAGCUGUUUGCUUCAAAAAUGCGAAGCAGUACGAACAAGCAAAGGAUGCUUACCUGAAAGAAGCUGAAUAUCACACAGAAAACAAGGCGCUUUUCCAUGCUGCAAAGGCUAUUGAACAGGCAGGUAUGAUGAUGAAGGAACAAAAGAAGAUGCCAGAGGCCAUCCAGUACAUAGAGAAAGCCUGCAUGAUGUACAUGGAGAACGGGACUCCUGACACGGCUGCCAUGGCUCUGGACCGGGCUGGAAAACUGAUUGAGCCCAUAAACCUUGAGAAAGCCGUGGACCUGUAUCAGAAGGCAGCUGGCGUUUUUGAGAAUGAGGACCGCCUGCGUCAGGCAGUUGAACUGCUGGGAAAAGCCUCCAGACUUCUGGUCAGGUUAAAAAGGCUGGACGAAGCAUCAGUCGCUCUGCAGAAAGAGAAGAACAUGUACAAAGAGAUUGAGAACUUCCCCAUGUGCUUCAAGAAAACAACUGCUCAAGUGCUGAUUCAUCUUCAUCGAGGGGACUACGUAGCAGCUGAUAAAUGCGUCAGAGAAAGUUACAGUCUGCCAGGCUACAGCGGAAGCGAAGAUUCCGUUGCCAUGGAGACGUUACUGCAGGGCUACGACGAGCAGGACGAGGACCAGGUGUACCGCGUGUGCAACUCACCUUUACUGAAGUACAUGGACAACGACUACGCCAAGCUGGCCAUCUCCCUGCGGGUACCUGGAGGAGGAGGAAAGAAGAAGAAGGCUGCAGCUGCUCCACAAGGCGGCGCUAGCGGGGCGCCGGCUGGAGCCGACGACGAGGACGAUUACGAGGGAGGCCUGUGUUAGCCCUCGGCCUCCAGAGCGCCCGCUCUUCCCGUCUGCUGCUCCACCACUGCACCCUCUGUGUACCAGUUCAAAGUCUCGGCAAACCCUUUCAGCUCCAAAGCCCAGAUGUGUGGCUGUUAAAUCUGUAAUUGUGCAAGAAAUAAGAAAAAAACAAAUAGAGUUGGUGUUGCAGAGGAGUUUAAGCAGCCUUUUUAAUUUUCUUUGAGGUGGAUCCUCCGUGUCAUGAAAAAUCUUCAACAGUGUAUGAAAGCCUGUUGUAUGUAAAUGUUCUAUGAUUUCUCGUCUCUGUGAAGCUGUAAAUUUCGCUCUUAUUGUGUGCGAGUAGCGUCUUAAGAAUAGGUAUAUUAAAAUCAGAAAUACUCUAAA